GAUAUGAGAUAGGUGGCGAGGACAGGGGGGCGUACUCACCGACGAUGAGAGUGUUAUCUUUGAACUGGUGACCUGUGGUCUCCAUUGAUGGGAUUGUUCCAGACCUUGCGCGUUGCACUGAGGCCAUGAUUAAACAAGGAGAAAUAUGUGUUGAGAGGCAGGGGCUUUGGGUUGUUCUUAAAGUUAUUGGUACUGACGUGAGUGUGAGAAGUAGUUCGGUAGUGAUGGAAUAUAGAUCGAUGUGAAUUUACAUUACCGUGAGCGGUGCGUAAGGCUAUGAGCUGGGAUAACAAUCUCUGUGAUCGUUUAGUCUGAGAUUCAAUGAUGCGGCUUACUACGUACUACCCAUUGACUUUGCAGAUUAUCGUAAACCUCUCAUCAUCACGGACUCAAUUCGGUCCGUUUCUGACUCAGCCACGUGCUACUAAUCUUUACUACCAUGGAAGAAGACCAAGCCAUAAAGCACUUUCAAGAGCUAGUCUCCUCUGACUUGGCUCUCGUAGACCCAACGUCUAUUCAGAUUCGUGCCAAUGCACUCGUAGCUCGUCUAAAGGCCCUCAACAGAAAUGCCAAUGCUGCAACGAGAACAUGCAAGCAAGCAACCACAGAGGCUCGCCAUGACAUGGACCAGACGCAUCUUGGCCUCCAGAAUUUACUCUAUGAAAAGCGUCACCUCGAGAGGGAAAUAGACAAGUGUCGGCAAUUCGCUUCCAUUUACCAGGACGUGCCCUUGUACUCCCUGCCAGAGUUCAAAAAUUUGGCACCUCCUGAAGCACGUUCAGAUGACGUGUUGCAGAGUCCGCAUCAGCUUAUGCUCAACCGCCUAAGCUUUGAACUUGUCGAAAGGCAGAGACUCGAUCAAAAAAGAAAAGAACUCACAUCUCAAAAGGAAGAACUCCUGAAACAAAGCAAGCUUAAACUCGCAACCGUGGAAAGUGUCAAAACGCAAAUAGAAUCACUCAUGAAGGCCGCCGCAGACAUACAGAAGAAAGUCGAUGAACUCGUGCCGGCGCUCCCACUGUCCACUGCAACGACUCCCGCUCCUACCUGAAUUUCCUGUCCAGCCGAAUCCACUCCCGAGUUACCGGGUGCCUCUUAUCAGUCCCGCGGUUGUCUAAGCAAAAUACAUUAUGACACGCAGUCAAGUUGGCACUACGCAAUCCCUAAUUAUACAACACGGCGAAAGGGAUGAGAUGUUUCCAACUAAUGUCCAGUGUUGAGAGAGCCAUAGAGGCUCAUCA